AGGCAUUCUUUGGUGUCCCGUAUUUCAUUCAUUGGCUUUCCCUAAUUAUUGUCAAGUAGAAGCGGAUCCCUCGCCUCUCUCCACCGCCCGCCGCGCCGAGCACGCCUCCACCUCCCCCUUCCCCGAUCUAGAUCCGCCCGUCCCUCCGCCGCGGCUGCUACGCCACCCCUCUCCCUCCUCUCCGCUCCUCCUCCUCCUCCUAGGCGGCGUCGGGUGAUCCCUAAACCCAAUUCUUUCUUCUGCCGUCGAGCACGUUCGCGGAGUGGCCUGACACGCCCCUGGUGAAAUCACUAGGUAUAUGGGUUCCAAAUCGGUGGACCAAGUGCUUGAUGCCGCUGCCGCGGGGGUCCAUUACUCCGCACUCCGUUUGGACGAGCUCAACAUCCAAGGUUCCAUGUCCGCCGAGGAACAGCCGACGACGUCAGGCCUGGAGAAUGGCCACCAGGAGCCCUUUGUUAUUGGUGUUGCUGGGGGCGCGUCUUCAGGCAAAACUACCGUAUGCAAAAUGAUCAUCGACCAGCUGCGUGAUCAGCGCGUGGUUGUUGUUACACAGGAGUCCUUUUACUAUGGACUGACUGAUCAGGAGCUAAUCCAUGUUCAUGAUUAUAACUUUGAUCAUCCAGAUGCAUUCGAUACAGAGUUACUUCUCUCGUGCAUGAAAAACUUGAAGCGUGGCAAAGCUGUCGACAUUCCUAAUUACAACUUCAAGACAUACAAGAGUGUCCCGAAUGCAAGAAAGGUUAAUCCUUCGGAUGUCAUUAUUUUAGAAGGUAUUCUAGUUUUUCAUGAUUCCCGCCUCCGGGAUUUGAUGAAUAUGAAGAUCUUCGUUGAUACAGAUGCUGAUGUACGGUUAACAAGGAGGAUCCGUCGUGAUACUAUUGAGAAGGGUAGAGAUAUCAAAACUGUGUUAGAUCAGUACUCAAAGUUUGUUAAGCCUGCUUUUGAAGAUUUCAUCCUCCCAACGAAGAAAUACGCUGAUAUUAUCAUCCCACGAGGUGGAGAUAAUGAUGUGGCAAUUGACCUAAUUGUUCAGCAUAUACGGACUAAACUUGGACAACAUGAUCUUUGUAAAGUACACCCCAAUUUGUAUGUAAUUCAGACUACUUAUCAGAUACGAGGCAUGCACACAAUUAUAAGGGAUGCUGCCACAGCAACACAUGAUUUCAUAUUUUAUGCUGAUCGGCUGAUUCGAUUGGUUGUCGAGCAUGGUCUUGGUCAUCUUCCGUUCCAGGAAAAGCAAGUCAUCACUCCGACUGGAUCUGUUUACACUGGUGUGGAGUUCUCCAAAAGAUUGUGUGGUAUCUCAGUGAUUAGAAGUGGCGAAAGCAUGGAGAAUGCACUACGGGCUUGUUGUAAAGGUAUAAAGAUUGGGAAGAUUCUUAUUCAUAGGGAAGGAGACAAUGGGCAACAGCUCAUCUAUCAAAAUUUACCCAAAGAUAUUGCAAAUAGGCAUGUUCUGCUUUUGGACCCCAUACUGGGAACAGGAAAUUCAGCAGUUCAAGCCAUAUCUCUUCUAUUGAAGAAGGGUGUACAGGAAGCAAAUAUUAUAUUCCUCAAUCUUAUUUCAGCUCCCCAAGGAGUGCAUGUGGUGAGCAAGAGAUUCCCAAGAGUGAAGAUCGUGACAUCGGAGAUUGAGUUUGGUCUAAACGACGAUUUCCGUGUGAUCCCUGGAAUGGGUGAGUUUGGAGACAGAUACUUUGGGACAGACGAUUAUCAGUCAUCAACUCCUUUGUUCUGCGAUGAUAAAAAUCGUGUCAGGCUUUUGUGAGAGUUUUUUUCCCCAGACACAGCAAGCCCCAGCUGUGGCAUAAUCUCCAAAUUUUGAGAAACUUGUGUUCGCAUUUCAAAACUCUGGAAUGCCCAUAUUAUAAUCAAAUGUAUUGGUUACCGGUAUCUGUGUACCAUAGAACAUUACAGACUGAGGAUCUUGGGAUGUCUCAUCUCUUAAGCUAGCUUAAUACAAUUGGAGCCAUUCCAUUUUCCGGUGCCAUGGGAUGUCUCAUCUCUUAAGCAACCUCGUCUCGCCCAUUUUGGAACUAGAGAGGGUCUUGUUCAGCAGCCUCUACAGGGGAUGAUGGUUUUGCUUUAGUGUAAACUAGGAAAAGAUGUUCAUUGGAACUUGCAGCGCCGGGUUAACCUUCAACUCUGAUUUGUCUUGUGACCA